AUGUUUAUCCUUUCAAAAUUUGUCUCGUCACAUCUUGUCGUGGCUGACUCUUUGCAGUCAUAUACUCCUCCUUGCCAUGAUGAUGAGAUCUCUGCCUUACUGCAAUUCAAGCAAAGCUUUGUCAUCAACAUGUCUGUUUCAAGUUAUGAGGGUGCUUAUCCAAAGAUUUCUUCAUGGAAAUCAAACAGCAAUUGUUGCUCAUGGGACGGGAUCGAGUGCGAUGAGGAGACUCAUCAUGUGAUUGGACUUGAUCUUAGUAGCAGUUAUCUCUAUGGCUCUAUCAACUCCAACAACACCAUCUUCCGCCUUGUUCAUCUUGAGAGCCUCAACCUUGCUGACAAUGAUUUUGAUUUCUCUCAAAUUCCUCAUACCAUUAGGAACUUUCCAAAGCUCAGGUAUCUCAACUUCUCUUUCUCUGGCUUUUCUGGUCAAGUCCCGUCUGAAGUUUCACAAUUGACCAAGUUGUCAUCCCUUGAUCUAUCUCAAAAUAUUGAUAUGUUUUCGAAUGAUGAAUUGUUAAGAAGCUUAGCUCAAAAUUUAACUGGCCUACAAACACUUGAUCUUUCUAAUAUUAACAUAUCAUCCACGGUACCUAAUACCUUGGCCAAUUUCUCACGUUUGACAUCCCUCGUCCUAAUUUCAUGCAACAUGUUUGGCAAAUUACCAUUUUCUCUUGGUAAUCUCAGACAUCUCAUUUAUUUGUACCUUUCAGCUAAUGAGUUCAGUGGCCAAAUUCCUUCAUUUGCGAAUCUUACCCAACUCACACAUCUUUCACUUCGGCAGAACCAUAUUAGUGGCACUAUCCCAUGUUUUUUCGGAAAUCUUACCCAACUCACAUAUCUUUCACUUGGGGAAAACCAUAUUAAUGGCACUAUCCCAUGUUUUUUCGGAAAUCUUACCCAGCUUGUAACACUUCGUCUUGAUUCAAAUCAAUUAUCUGGUCCAAUCCCAUCUAGUCUAGGUAAUCUUGGCAAACUCACAUAUCUUUCACUUGGGCAGAACCAUAUUAGUGGCACUAUCCCAUGUUUUUUCGGAAAUCUUACCCAGCUUGCAACACUUCGUCUUGAUUCAAAUCACUUAUCUGGUCCAAUCCCAUCUAGUCUAGGUAAUCUUGGCAAACUCACAUAUCUUUCACUUGGGCGGAACCAUAUUAGUGGCACUAUCCCAUGUUUUUUCGGAAAUCUUACCCAACUCACAUAUCUUUCACUUGCGGAGAACCAUAUUAAUGGCACUAUCUCAUGUUUUUUUGGAAAUCUUACCCAGCUUGCAACACUUCGUCUUAAUUUAAAUCAAUUAUCUGGUUCAAUCCCAUCUUGUCUAGGUAAUCUUCGCAAACUUACUGUUUUAGAUCUUAAUUUCAAUAAAUUUCAGAGAGAGAUUCCUGAGUCAUUAUUCAAUGUAGCAAGUCUCGAGAGACUUCUUCUAGCUUAUAAUAAUCUCAGUGGUAGAGUGGAGUUCCUCAAAUUUCUUAAGCUACCAAAUUUAAAGUGGGUCGAUCUAUCUGGUAACAGCUUGGAUGUGAUCACUGAAACCAAAACUAUGAAUGCAUCUAGCAUUGCAAGGUUAGAGUAUCUAGGAUUGGGUUCGUGCAACAUAAGUGAGUUCCCAAAUUUCUUAAGAUAUCAAAAUACAUUAAUGUACUUGAACCUUUCUCGGAACGGAAUGCAUGGCCAAGUACCAAAAUGGAUGUGGAACACAAGCAGAGAGUCUUUGGGGUUCUUGGACAUUUCUCAUAACCUCCUUUCAGGCUUUGACCAGCCUCCAGCUGUCCUUCCCUGGGUUAGACUAGAGGGGCUAGAUCUUUCGUUCAACAAGCUUAGUGGCCCAAUGUUGGUACCUUCGUUACAAUACCUGAUGUUCUAUCACAUUUCAAACAACAAAUUAACUGGAGAAAUUUCACCUUUGAUUUGUAAUGCCAGUUCUCUUAUUUCCCUUGAUGUGUCAAGUAACCAUUUGAGUGGUAUGCUUCCGCGGUGUCUAGAAAACUUCAGAAGUGAUCUUCAAGUUUUAAGUGUUGGAAACAACUAUUUUCAUGGCACUCUUCCUCAUAUAGGCACCAAUGGAAGCGAUUUGAUAAUGAUUGAUGUCAGUCGUAACCAACUGCAGGGGAAAUUACCGAGGUCAUUGGUGAAUUGUUUAAGCCUCGAGUCUCUCGUUCUGUCUAGCAAUAAGUUCGAUGAUGUAUUCCCCGUUUGGUUGGGAACUCUUCCGGAAUUAAAAGUUUUGGCAAUGAGGAAUAGUGGGUUCCACGGUGCUAUUCCGAGAUAUCAAAGCAAUAACGAUGGUUUCCCCAAUUUGCGCAUCCUUGAUCUGUCUCAAAAUAAUUUUACUGGUCAGUUUGCAUUUGAAUUCAUCCUCUCUGGAAAAUCAAUGAGAGGUAUCCAUCUAAACGGAUCGGCGUACAUGAAAGCAUUUGGACUCAAGUCUUAUGAAGGCGGCGACCGUGAUAGGUAUUAUACAGCUAGUUACAGAUUUGAGUACUCAAUCACGCUGAUGAAUAAAGGUUUAGAGAGAUAUUUCCAAAAGAUUCGCGAAGACUUUAUGGCCAUCGAUCUGUCGAGCAAUAGAUUUGAAGGCAAGAUUCCAGAUUUUUUUGGGAACCUAAAGGGGCUUCGCUCACUUAAUGUAUCCAGUAACAUUCUAAGUGGCCGCAUCCCACCAUCCUUGGGAAACUUGACAAAUCUUGAAGCUUUGGACCUUUCACAUAACAACUUCUUGGGUGAGAUCCCUCCAUCACUGUUGCAGCUUUCAUUCCUCCAAAUUUUCAGCGUCUCGCACAACAAUCUCACAGGUCGAAUACCGGUUGGAAAUCAGUUUAGUACCUUCGACAACACUUCGUAUGAGGGAAACCCAGGUUUGUGUGGAGUUCCAUUGCCAAAGAAAUGUUCACGUCCUGAGGAGGGGCCUGAACUUCCACCUUCAACAGCAGAAGAAGAAGAAGAUGGAGUUGAAUUGGAUUGGAAAUUUGUUGCGGCGGGGUUGGUGAGUGGGUUGGUGGUGGGAGUGGUUCUUGCUGACUUUGUGAUCACGAGGUUCAGUGAGCGGUUCAUUGAGAUUGUUGCAUUUCUGAUCAGACUGAUGAAAAGGAUGAGAAGGCCCAGAAGUUGA